CCCUAGGCAUCUCCCCGCACCGCCGCGCCGGCCGCCGACCGCCCGUGCGAUGGGUUCUCGGUGCUGGUCCUGCGGCGAGGGCUUGGUGUCGCCGGACCCGGGCUCGGGCGCGCUCGUCUGCACCUCCUGCGGCCUCCAACACGAGGCCGGCGCCUCGGAGUUCUACAAUCCGACAGCUUUCACCGAGGACGGCCAGCUCGAUUUCCGGGCCGCCUCCCUCGUCCGCCACCUCUCCCAGUCCCCCUACCGCGACCUCAAGCUUGCCGCUGCCUCCAACGCCAUCACCUCCAUGGCCGUCCAACUUGGCCUCUCGCCCACCCGCGCCGAGGAGAUCCUCACCAUGGCCAAAUCUGCCACCGCCGGGAACCUCGCCACCCCCGGCACCACCUUCCUCCCGGCCCUCGCCGCCGCCUGCUCCUACCUCGUCGCGCGAUCCCACCGCCUCCCGCUCUCCCUCGCCGAGGCCGCCGAGGCCGCGUCCUGCACCACGGCCGCUCUCGGUGACCUCGUAUCCCGCAUCGCCUCCCACCUCUCCCUCCCUCCCCUCCCUUCCUUCGACUACCAGGCCGCGCUUGAACGCGCCGUGCUCGGCUCUUACAAGCUCACCACUGCCGCGGGUGAUGAGAAGACGAGAGCGAUUCUCUCCCAAGCCCGAUUUCUCCUCCGCUGCUCCUCCAAGUGGUCGCUCACCACCGGGCGGCACCCGCUCCCACUUAUCGCCGGCCUGAUUGCCUUCGCCGCAGAGCUGAACGGGGUCGCUGAUGUCUCUGUGGAAGACAUUGCCCAGGAGAUGUCGGCGGUCGUGCACACCAGCCGUCUCCGAUACAAGGAGCUCGUUAAGGCGCUGGUGCAUGUGGCGCAGAAGUUGCUUCCGUGGGGUGCCGACGUCAAUGUGAAAAACCUGCUCCUGAACGCCCCAAUGCUGCUCGGGCUCAUGGAGAUGCGGUCGCAGUCCGACCCAUCGGAACUGUUUCUUGAGAGCUUCGCUCCGGACAUCGCUGGCAUUGUGCGGGUCUACUCGUCCGUUGAUGAGGACGAGUCCAAGUAUCUCCAGAUUGUUCCCCUGGAUGUUGAUGAUUUGGAUUUCGAGAAUUCUGGGAAAGAGGUCAAGGAAUCAGGGGAUUUGAAGAUCUCAGAGGAUUGCCUGUCAGAUACUUACCAGAAUGUCUUAAAGAGGCUCUCUAAGCUAAAGGAACUUGGGAAGGUAGGGAAAGCUGCUAGCCGAAGGAAGCAGCAGAGGAUAGGGCUGGAGCUGGAACCAUGGAUGGGUUUGCUGGAUGAUGAUCGGACCAAGCGCAUGCCGCUUGAGGAGGUAGCAGAUAUUGACAUUGGCUAUGAUGCACCUCCUCCGUCGUUUACUGUUGGAUUGGAGCAGCAGAAACGGAGGAGAGCACGAAUUGAAGCUGCCAAGUGUCGAAUCGAUGCAAUUAGGAAGGCUCCGGCUGCACGUACUGCAAAUAUAAUUGAUUCACCGGCUGUUCAUGGAAAGGAAGAUGCUUGUCCACCACAAAAAAAUAGUAGGAAGAAGCUGGUUCGAAAGAGACGAAAUGGCAGGGAUCAUCAUAUCAUGCAUGGAGAACAUCCAGCGGAGAUGUCAGACACUCCUGACUCUGGGAAGAAGAAACGGAAAACAGACCCAUGUGAUGGUAUUGACUGGGAAGAUUGCGUUAUCGAACUCCUUAUAUUACAUGGUGCAAAUGAGGCAGAGAUUGAACAAGGCCAUUACAGAAGACUGUUGGAGUUGCAUGUCUUCAGUGGAAUAAGUGGAGACAGAUAAAAACUUGGCGGUGCAGCGUCUUAAAUCUUGCUUCCCGAACAUAGGUUGCAUUAUUCUAUGGUGCACUCUCAUUUUCUGAUAGAGAAUUUUUGCGCUGUUUGUAAAUUUGUGGAGUUCAGUCAAGCUAAUCAUGGGAAGAACAUGUUGUGGUAGGGAAAUGCUGCAUGGUAUACUUCCUGUCUUACUCCUGUAAAAAAAUAUAGAAAAAUACUACAUAGGAAUGAUACGGUCCCCAGCGAUUUUUAUUACAUAGUUGACUGGGAUGUGUCAGUUUGUGUACAUUGCUAUACAGCUUAUGAAGACAUAGUUAGACAUGAAAUUGCUAUACAGCUUGUGAAUGACAUACUCUGUUAGACUUGAAAUUGCUAUACAGCUUGUGAAUGACAUACUCUGUUAGACUUGAAA